AUUAAAAAAAAACGGGAGCUCUAAUAUUUACGGUGACGUCACUUCCCGAAACAUCCGCUCCCUCUGCUGAGAGUGAGCGAGUUGUUAACUUGAUAACUUGUUAACUUGUUAACGAGUUAGAGGGUUAACUUGUUAACGAGUUAACCUCUCGCAGGAACACAGCCGAACACGGCGCGCUGCUCGCACAGCGAUGGCAGCACCGAGCAGCAAGGCGUUGCUCAAGAAGAUCAUGAGCAAGUACAAGCACAAGGACGUGGCGCUGAAGGACGUGGUGGCUGUGACGGAGAUUUUCCCGAACCUCAUUCCUUCCCAAGACACCUACAAUUUCAAUGACGGCUCGUGUAAAGAUCUGCUCAAGUUGAGCGGCACAAUUCCUGUUACGUACAGAGGCUGUGUGUACAACAUCCCCGUGGAGCUCUGGCUAUUGGACUCUCACCCGGCCCACCCCCCCCUCUCGUUCGUACGCCCGACGGCCUCCAUGAUGAUCCGCCCCAGCUGCAGGGUGGACUCUAACGGACGCGUCUACCUUCCCUACCUCAGCGAGUGGGGAGCGGCGUCGGAUGUCCUGGGCCUCGUCCAGGUAAUGUGCGCGGAGUUUGGGGAGGAGCCUCCCGUGCUGUCCCUGGGCCGAGGGGUGACGCAGAGCGCCGCCUACAGGCCCAGCGCUGUGGGGCCUUCAGCUGGUUCAUACCCAGCGGUUGCCAGCCCCGUGUCUUAUCCGGCCUGCCAGCCUUCAGUUGCUAGCCCUACCGUCACGGCCGUCUACAUGAACCAGCCUCCACAGCUCCCUCCUCCUCGCUCUGCCUCUCCCCAGGUCGCUCCGGCUGACUCGAUGUCGCUGCUGUCGCGCUCCGGCACCGUCACCCAGGAGCACCUCCACGCCUCCCUGGUGUCGGCCAUCGUGGACCAGCUGCGCAGGCGAGAGCAGGAGGCGCAGGGCAGGGCCCAGGCCGAGCUGGCGGCCCUCAGGCGGACGCAGAGCGAGCUGAGCAGCGGCCGCGACAGGCUGGGAUUCCUGCUGAACACACUCGCACACGAGAUGGCACAGGUUGACCACUGGCUGGAGGCCGUGAGGGCCGGGGGGGAGGUGGCCCACGGGCGGCCCGCCCCGGGCCCCGCGGAGCGGCGGGGGGACGAUGGCGGCGAGGUGGACGCGGGGGUCCGCACCCCGACGCCGCUCCACGGGCAGAUCGUGGAGCUCCACGCGCAGGACGGAGCCAUCGAGGACACGGCCUUCCAGCUGGGGGAGGCCAUGAGGUGCAACGUCGUGGAGCUGGACGCCUUCCUCAAGCACGUGCGUCUUCUGGCCAGGAGGCAGUUCCUCGUCAGGGCCUUGAUGCUGAAGGCGCGCAGAGCCGCAGGCCUCACGGAGGUCUGCUAGCUCCGCCGCACGGCAUUCUGGGCCAGCCGUCACCCCGAUGCAUCGUCAUUACCGCCGUCGCCUCCGUCGCCACCGCACGGCAUGCUGGGUAUUGCAAAGCGCGGCAGAGGAUUUUGGGAGAGCAGAGCAUUGUGGAUAAAUGCCAGCAAGGCAUUGUGGGAAUUUUAUUGUGCAACCGCAAGGGAUUGUGGGACUUUUUUUUUACCCCGACGAUAUUUUAUGGCCGUCGCCUCGUUGGUCCAGCAGUGAAUGGACCACGGUGACGGAGAUUACGGUUUAUUGUAUUGGUCUAAGAGUGGUGAAUUAGUACGGUUUAGUAGUCUAUAGUGGUGAAUUAGUACGGUUUAGUAGUCUAUAAUGGUUAAUUAGCGUGGUUUAGUAGUCUAUAGUGGUGAAUUAGUACGGUUUAGUAGUCUAUAGUGGUGAAUUAGUACGGUUUAGUAGUCUAUAGUGGUGAAUUAGUACGGUUUAGUAGUCUAUAAUGGUUAAUUAUCGUGGUUUAAUAGUCUAUAGUGGUUAAUUAGUACGGUUUAGUAGUCUAGUGGUUAAUUAGUGUAGUGUAGUAGUCUAUAGUGGUUAAUUAGCGUGGUUUAGUAGUCUAUAGUGGUUAAUUAGCGUGGUUUAGU